AUGGCUCGUCUCACCUUUCUUCUCCUUCUCCUGUGGGUUGGUGGGUACUCUGUUAAAUUUUGUGUUGCAGGGAGCGCAGUGGUGGACCUGCAGAAGAGAAUUUACGGUGGGAAAAAUUGUGACGAUGAUAAGCGUCUGUACCAUGUUGCACUGUCUAAGAAGGCUGAUGGAAAGCAUAUUUAUUGUGGUGGCUCUCUGAUAAAACCACAGUGGGUUCUGACUGCAGCUCACUGCGAGAAUGCUACAACGUGA